GAAGACAUUCAAAAUUCACGACAUGAACGACACCAUGAGUUUUAAAGAAGACCAACAAUCAAGAACCUGGCCCUAUGAAGAAGACAAAGAAGCCCAGCAUCACGCCAUGCAACUGAUUAGCUCCUCGGUGGUGCCCAUGGCGUUGAAAGCAGCUAUUGAACUCGGUGUGUUCGAGAUCAUACAGAGUGCUGGACCUGGUGCGCUGCUGUCUUCUUCCCAGAUUGCUUCCCAACUUCCGUCUCAGAGUAAUCCGAAAGCUCCAACGAGCCUUGACCGAAUCCUUCGGCUUUUAGCUAGCCACUCCAUCCUCACUUUCUCCAUUGUAACCGACCAAAAUGGUGGCCAAAUUGACAGGCUUUAUGGUUUGGCACCUGUUGCCAAAUACUUCAUCAGAAGCCCAAGUGGAGGUUCUUUGUCUCCCCUGUUAGACUUAUAUCAGGACAAGGUCACCCUACAUUCCUGGUACCAGCUGAAAGAUGCAGUCCUACCGGGAGAGAAUCCAUUUACAAAGACACAUGGAAUGAAGAUCAACGAGUAUCUCCGCAACGAUUCGAGGUUCGAAGACGUCUUCAACGUCGCUAUGAUCAAUUACAACAAGUUGUUCGUCAAAGAAAUGUUGGAAAGCUACCGGGGCUUCGACGGCUUGAAUUCGUUGGUCGAUGUAGGCGGCGGCAACGGUUUUAUUCUCCACAGUAUUGUUUCCAAGUACCCUUCCAUCAAGGGUAUUAACUUUGAUCUGCCACGUAUAAUUGACAAGUCACCUUCCUACCCUGGAGUUGAGAAUGUGGCCGGAGAUGCUUUCGAGACCGUACCGAAAGGUGACGCCAUUUUCACCAAGUGGCUACUCCAGCACUUUGACGACAAGCGAUUGGUGGAGUUACUCAAGAAUUGCUACGAAGCAUUACCGGCAAGCGGGAAAGUGAUCGCAGUGCAGAUGGUGAUCCCCGAAGUCCCCGACGCCAAUGUCUCGUAUAAAAGCGCGUAUCAGUUCGAUGUGUACACAUUGAGCAUGAAUGAAGGCGCAAAGGACAGGACAGAAAGGGAAUACGAGAGCUUGGCAAAGGAAGCAGGCUUUUCUCGGUUUCGAGUGGCAUGUUGCAUCUUCGGUUUUUCGGUCAUAGAGUUCUACAAAAACAUGUGAGAUCGGAGAA